UGCAGCCGGCUGCAAGUAAGCUGUCAAGCGGCGUUUGAACGCCGCGACUGCGAGAAAUGGACAGAAUCGCAGCGCUCAAGAAGCGUAUGGUAUACCCUGAGCGCCUGGCAUUGGACAGUCUGAAAGCAUCAAUGCUCUGCAGCGAAGGGUCCUGGGCAAACGCUGACAGCCUGGAGAAAGGCACGGACAAUCCGGCGCAUCAGAUAUCAGAGCUGGAGCUGAGCUGCUCACAGCCCGGCCUACGCGUCAGCAGCUCUGCAGACAGCCUGAGCGCGUGCGCCCGCCAGCCCCUCGCCCACCACGGCCUCCCGCUACAAUCCUGCGCCAACACCUGUCGCAGCAGCACUGAGCUCAACGCCAUCCUCCAGCGUGAUGGGCAGAUGGUCAUCCAGCGGCGGCUGCGUGAGCUGGUGAGGGCGUUCGCGGAGCGCGCGCUGCGCGUGCGGCGGCGCCUCGAGCUGCCGCCCACGCCCUCCACCGACAGCAGCGGACAAGCUGAUAGCAAUGGUAUUUCUUCCCCACCACUGUAUGAAUGUGUUGAGACUGUCAACAGUGAGGAGCAGGAACAAUUACCAUGCACAUUCAGCCUCAGCUGCAGGUCUUUUUUGAAGAUUUUUGAUUGUUUCAAAUGUAAUACAGUCCUUGAUCCACAAGGGAUAUGCUACGUGCUUUGGUUGCUUCUUGUUACUGUGUGCUACUCUUACAACUGCUGGGUGAUCCCACUCAGAAGCACAUUUCCAUAUCAAACAGAAGAAAACACACCAGUGUGGUUAGCACUGGAUUACUCUGCUGAUGCUGUCUAUUUGAUGGACAUUCUAUUUUUUAAACCGAGGCUGACCUACCUUAGUGAUGGAUUUUGGGUGAAAGACACGAAACUUACUCGUCAAAGAUACUUCAGAAAGUGGCAGUUCAAGAUGGACUUGCUGUCGCUUUUACCUCUAGACUUGUUCUAUCUGAUGUUUGGACCCCAGCAAUUACUGUUUAGACUGCCAAGACUGCUGAAGGUACAGACAUUUUGGGAGUUCUAUGACCGUGUGGACAACAUCCUCAAGUCACCGUACAUAGUGCGAAUGGCGAGAACUCUCUCGUACAUGCUCUUCCUAAUUCAUGUUAAUGCCUGUGCAUAUUAUGCGUUUUCACUCUGGGAAGGCCUUGGAUCUAACAAAUGGGUGUUUAAUGGCCAAGGAAAUGCAUAUAUACGAUGCUUUUAUUUUGCUACAAAGACAGCAACAUCAAUUGGGAAAAAUCCAAAACCAGAAAAUGAACAGGAAUAUUUAUUUAUGACAGGUAGCUGGCUAAUGGGUGUUUUUGUUUUUGCACUCCUAAUUGGCCAAAUGCGAGACAUUGUGGCUACAGCAACAAAAACCCAGACAGAGUAUCAGAUGCUCUUGGAUGAGACUCUGAAGUACAUGCGAAGGUUUAACCUUCCUCAUAAACUCCAAGAAAGAGUAAAACUCUGGUUCACCUAUACCUGGGAACAGCAACAUACAAUUGAUGAAAGCAGAAUUCUAGAUGCACUACCUCAAAAACUGAAAACAGAUGUUGCUAUCAAUGUACACAUUCAAACUCUGAGCAAAGUUCAAUUGUUUCAAGAUUGUGAUGAAGCAUUGCUUCGUGAUCUGGUCCUCAAACUGCGGCCAGUUAUUUACCUUCCCGGAGACUACAUCUGUCGCAAGGGAGAAGUUGGAAAAGAGAUGUAUAUUAUAAAAUCAGGCCAAAUUCAGGUGAUGGGUGGUAAGAAUAAUGAUGAGGUGCUGGCAACACUUACUGAAGGGUGUGUUUUUGGUGAGAUCAGUCUUCUUUCUUUGGCAGAAGGAAACAGGAGAACUGCCACUGUGAAGUCUAAAGGGUUUUCAAAUAUUUUUGUUCUGAAUAAGUCAGAUUUGAAUGAAGCCAUUGUUCAUUAUCCAGAAGCUCAAGAGAUUCUAAGGAAGAAGGCAAACUCAUUAAUGAGACAAAAUGCUCUGAGGGAGAAGUUGGCAAAGGAAAAACAGUUGUCCAGUGAUGUGAUUAUUGGCAAUUUGCAGUCACAAGAAACACCAAAGCUUGUUCAUACAGUUAUACAGGUGAUGGGUCAUCUUGAUAUAUCAACUAGUCUCAUUGGUCGCAGCCCGAAACAGAGUAAAGAGGAAUCACAAGAGGCAGUAGUGACAGACAAGCAGCAGUGCAAGAACAGCAACAGUGAGCAGGAACAACAGCCACUGGGGUGCAGUUGUAGUGCAGGCACUGAGAAUGCUGGAGGCUGUAACAGUGUGAGUCCAGCCGACAAGACCUUUGAAUGUAGAGUGACUGUACACAGAGAGAUGAGUCAGUAGUCCUAGGAGGUGAAAUGCAUUUAGUACCAUACAGUCACUUGGUGACCUCAACCUACAUCAUCACUACCAGCAGCAUCCUUUUUUAUUCAUUGCCCACAAAAUGCUCUAAAAGAAGAUAUUGAGCAUACAGUGCAUAUUUGGGAAAUGACUACUCUGUUCCUUUUGCUUU